AUGGGAUUGCAUUUAUUUCCAAAGAAAAUUAUGCACUUGAUAAAUUUAAUCGUAUCGGUAAUAUGUCCAGCAGUUAAAACAUAUAAUUUGUUAAUAAAUAAAAAAGAUAAACCAAAUGACGAAUUUGUUCAGUAUAUUCACUUUUUAACCUAUUGGAUUAUAUAUUCAUUAUACUGCUACUUGGAAACAAUUUUAUUAGCGCACAUCAUGAACUAUAUACCAUUUUAUUCAGAAAUGAAAUUGAUGUUUUUUUUUUGGUUAUAUAGUGAUACCUUUCAAGGAGCUGGAUAUAUAUAUUUUAAAUUCAUUGAAAAAAAUUACGCACUUGUAGAUAAGAAAGUAUGUGAUUUGAUACAAAAUAAAAUCCCAAAGAAUUUAGCAAAUAUGUUUUUUUUUGAAAAAUCGAAUAAAAAAAUACACAACAAAAUUAAGAGUAUUGUUUCCAAAAAAGACUUGUACUAA